CAUGAAACAUCCCACUUUGCCAAGCCCUUCAGAUGAUUUUGAUUUUACCGCCUUUCAAAAACGACUGAAAUCAUGCAUGUAAGACGGCCAUCUUGUGGGAUGUCAGACCGGGAUACCCCCACCGAUCAUGUGACUACAUCUAAAUAUAGCCACCUGCAUGGCACCAAAGAUUCGAAUGCUACACGAUCUCUGAUGGCACAACGCGUUGGUGCGAUGUUUCUCCUUGAAAACCGUCAGGACAUAGUUCUGUCGGAUUUCUUUAAAGACAGCUAUGAGAACAUUAUCAGUGCCCUUUCCAAGCUAAUCAGAGAAAAAGCCACUUCCCUGUACAACAACACAGAUCAACAGAUGGUAGAGACACAGCUUGGAGAUAAUGUCUCAAAUUUGAAACUGUCGGAGGACAGAUCUGGCCGUGGUCAGUCAGACGGGGACCAGAGUUUCUCUGGUCAGCAGCAUGAGAAGCUUGCCCCAGGCAGUGUGGAGAUUCUCAGCUAUGGCCUCGGCAACUUCACUUCCUGUCCCAUUGCAAGAUAUCAGCUGUCCUUCCUUAUAGCUACGAGGGACAGACUUUCAGACUCAUGCAGUACCUGUUAUGUUUAUGACCCCAUGUUCUCCAGUCAUGAAGUGGAUGCACUGAAGACCUUGGGUUUUACAGUCAUCUCAGAAAACGAGGAAGGGAAACGAGAAUGCACACAACCAACCGUGGCAUUCCUGCCUCAUUGUGGGAAGGCGUUAUAUAACAACUUAUUGUGGACCAAUCUACUUAAUGGAAAGAUGGCAUGUGGUCUCCAUAAUCUGGUGCUCGUUGGGAACAGCUUCACUCGCAUGGUAGAAAGCACACCAGAACGAGUUUUGCGGAAAACUGGGGACUAUAUUCUCAAGAUACACCCACACAUGGAUGAAGUGGUCCUGCCUUCGACUUUUGUUCACAAAGAUGUGUUCAAUGAUCUAUCUCUUCACACUUUCCCCAAGUCUCGGCUCCAGUCUGCACCAGCUUCUCUGUGGGAAGAUUUGGAGGAGCCGUGCUACAGUGACACAGAUGUAGAAUAUAUUCGAAAAUAAAGACAGUCCGAGGUAGACUAAAAAUAACUUCCUUAGAAAAACUUCAACAGAUGGGUGACAGGAAAAGACCAAAAUGAUACAAGGUUUUUCUUUUAGAGCAACCAUGCCAAGAAAUGAGUUGUGAACCAUGAUUGCCAACAUCUGUUUCAGACCCUGUCACUUGAAGAGGAAGGACAGUCUGGUUUGAUCCUAUUCACAGCUGUGAUUUGUAUUUGCCUGCUGUGGCCACAUUUUACUACCAUAUAUGAUGUAGCCUUAAUAACCAGUGAUAUGUAAUUUGUAAAUUAAAUUAGUUUUGAGAUUUCAACGAAAAUAAGUAGUUGGGGUGUUCCAAGUCAUUUUUGUGAAUGCUGCACAAGUCAUUUUUUGAAAAAAAGACUGAAAUAUUUUUAUCCGAUUUUUUUUUUUUCUGACUUGAAUGUGGUGGAUGAGAAGUUCUGGCAAGCCUGUGACGAGUCGGGCCAAGUAUUGAUGUGUGUUGUAACUGUUUGUGAGAGCAGCUGCUUCUUUAGUUUUACACAUUACUUUAGUCUGAAAAUUUGCCUAUAUUUUGUUCCAUUAAUCAACGUUUUUCAGGAUAAUUCACACGAAAAUGUGUUUUUAUACUGACAAACAAUGCGAUGAGUCAAAAAAAAAAAUUAAUAAAUUGAUGAAAAUUGCCGAACUGGAGGAAAAAUGCCUGUUUCUUCGAUUUCAUUAUUUUGACGAGCACCAAAUUUCACCAUGAUGCCUCAGAUUUGUUGCUUUAUUCUUUUGUUUCUCUGUCUCUCACCCGCCCUAUUCUAAUUAUAUGACGAGAAGAAUGUGCCUAAACAAUAAAGAUGCUGACUCUAUAA